AUGAUAUUCGAAUAUGGAGUGUCAUCUAUGACGCUUUUUGUCAUUGUAGCAUGUAUCACAUCAUCUACAAUUUUUUGGCGAAUCUUCUUCAAGAAACCACGAUAUCCAUUUCCACCAAGUCCUCCAGGAGAACCGAUAUUAGGACAUAUCCGAUUAGUUCCCACGGACGAUCCGCAUUUGUACUAUCAAAGGUUGUCGCAACAAUACAAUACAGAUAUACUAUAUUUCAAACAAUUUCUUACUCCAGUUGUGGUUUUAAAUACCGUCGAAGCUGCCGAUGAACUUCUUUCUAGGAGAGGAGCUAAUUAUUGUGACCGACCACGAUUUGUUCUCUUUGAGGUUAUGGGAUGGGGUAGAACUUUGACAUUUCUUCCAUGGGGAUCACGUUUCAAAGCACACAGAACACAUUUACAGACAGCGUUUACAAAGACUAGUGUCGUACGGUAUCGAGAAGUGCAAGAAUAUGAAGCACGUCAGGCUCUUUAUACUAUUACUCAGCGGCCUGAUGACUGGGAAACUGCUUUAAGGAGGUUUGCUUCUGCCAUUGUCUUGAGAGUAGCAUUUGGAAUCACUCUGAAGAGUGAUGAUGACGAAUACAUCAAACUUGCAGCGGAUGCAAUCAAUGCUACGGGAAAUGGUGGGUCCCCAGGAGCUACUGUCAUUGAUUAUUUUCCCUUCCUCGGCAAUCUUCCUCACUGGCUUGUUCCUUCGAAAGCCAUCACACAUGCGAAGAAUUGGGGAUCCGCGAUCAAACGUCUUCAUGAUGUCCCAUUUGCUGCUGCACGCAAGGACUUUAAUGAAGGCGUAGCUCACAAUUCUUCCUAUGUAUACCCUCUGCUUGAAAUAUAUAAGGAAAACGAGUCUCGCAAUUUGCCAAAUGAAUUUGCCAUGGAAGAUAUCAAUGGUUCCGCUGCCGCUAUCUUUAUCGCAGGUUCAGACACUACUUUCGCAACGACUUUAGUGGGAAUUUUGAAUUUAUUGCUCAAUCCUACUAUAUUCCACAAAGCAAGAAGUCUGCUCGAUCAAACUAUCGGACUAGAUCGUCUUCCUUCAUUGAAAGAUAGAGAACAUCCAGACCUUCUCUACAUUGAGUAUAUUGUUCAAGAAAUAGUUAGAUGGCGACCCCUAUCUCCUCUGGGCGUCCCACACAAGAGUCUCAAGGAUGACAUUUACAACGGAAUGUUUAUUCCCCAGGGCACGAAUGUAUUUUUCAACACAUGGGCCAUGAGUCGCGAUGAGUCGGUGUACCAAAAUCCCGAUUUGUUUAACCCCGAUCGAUAUCUCCCAGUCGCACACGGUGGAGCUGGCGAACCAUUCCUCAAAGGCCCGUUUGGGUUUGGACGGAGAAUCUGCGUGGGUCGUCAUCUGGCAUUGGCGAGUGUGUGGAUUGUGUUGGCGACUUUGAUCUCUACGGUUGAUAUUGCGAAGGCGGUGGAUGGGAAUGGAGAGGAUAUUGAGCCGGUGGUGGGCUUCACAACGGGGUUGUCGAGUGGGUAUUAA